AUAAUAAUUGAACAGUAUGGCUUAAUACAGUGCAAGUUUUGGUGGCCCUCAAGAUCCCAAACAACAACAACAACAAAAGCAGCAGCGGAGGACGCUGGUGGUUGAAGAAAUUGAAAAUAUACUAUAAUUGUUCUUCCCGCUGCAAUGGGUGAUGAGGAGAUUAUCCGACGUAGGUUGAUGAUUGAUGGAGAUGGGACUGGUGAUGCUCGUGUCAUGAUGAUGUUCAUGAAGCACUUCAUCAAAUGGUGUUCAACUGAUGAUUCACCACAGGAAAGCCAGAAUCAAUAUGACCGUCUUCUGACACAGCUGGCUUCCAUAGAGCAUUCUUCAUUGAAAUGGAGAUCAAUUAUUGAUAUGAAUCAAGAAGAAAUUCAGCAUUAUGAAUUACUCAGAGAUGAAACGAGCAAAAAUGUCAAAGAAGCCUGCAUUGCUAUUGAAGAGGCAAAGGAAGAGCUGGAGGAAGCUCGGCAGGUGCGACGAAACAGACUGGAAUAUGAUGCUCUUGCAAGGCUAAUUAAGGAGCAUCCCCCUCGUUCAGAUACGGCCAAUAAGCUAGCACAUUUGACACAGCAGUUACAUUCUCUGAAGUCCAAGAGAGACCAGCUGGAGGAGAAACUGAGUUUGCGCCGAAAGCAGCUACAUGUUCUUGUUACUUCACUGCACCAGCUCAAACAGACACUGCUUAUAGAUAAUUCCCCUCCACAAGAUGAUGACGAAUUAUGUAUUGUGGAUGAAAUUAUUGACCUAACAGCACCACUACCACCACCGACUGUUGAUUGAACACAUUUAUAGGCGGAAAAAAUUUAAAUUUACUGAAGAUAAACAAAUAUUUCAUGAGCAUAUUUUAGUACUAUUAAUGAGACCAAAUUGCUAUUUAUAGUUUGAUAGUCUUGAAGAAGAUUACAGUAUGCUGGAGUUUUAUUUAUUUUAUAUUUAUUCUAUAUGUGUCCUUGCAGUUAGUAAGAGAAAAAUCAACAUCUGAACUUAGUAAAUAAUACAUUAAAGUUCUAUUUAUGUAAAAAUAU